AUGGCACAACAACAAGCUGAUAAUGUGAUGCGGAGGAAGCUCGUGAUCAUCGGAGACGGUGCUUGCGGGAAAACUAGUCUGCUCAGUGUCUUCACUCUCGGCUACUUUCCAACUCACUAUGUGCCUACAGUAUUCGAAAACUACGUAACGGACUGCCGCGUCGAUGGCCGCUCGGUUCAAUUGGCGCUUUGGGAUACGGCCGGACAAGAGGAUUACGAGCGCCUACGCCCUCUUGCAUACUCCAAGGCGCAUGUAAUCUUAAUCGGCUUUGCGGUGGAUUCGCCUGAUUCACUAGAGAAUGUGAAACACAAGUGGAUUGAAGAAGCCCAAGAGCGAUGCCCGAACGUGCCCAUAAUCCUGGUCGGCCUCAAGAAAGAUCUCCGCGAAGAUCCUCUCGCAAUUGAAGAAAUGCGCAAAAAGUCCCUAAAAUUUAUCACCACCAAAGAGGGCAGCGAGACCUGCGCUCAGGUCGGUGCCCGCAAAUACCUCGAGUGCUCGUCGCUUACCGGCGAGGGCGUCGAUGAUGUCUUCGAAGCAGCUACCCGUGCGGCGCUGCUGACCUUCGAGAAGCGCAAAAGCUCCUGCUGCGUGGUCCUUUAA